CCAGGUAACAUCGCGAUGGCGGCAAGCGAAGAUACAUUGAAUCUGGCUUGGGAAGUGGUGUCGCGAACGUUGGCACCUGGCCGAUUAUCGGUUGGCGUGACUGAUCAGGCUGGUCCUGGGAUGGAGUUUGACCGCGCUGUGGAUGUGUUAUGUCAGAGCCACCUAGGUCACAUCAUAGAAGAGUGGUUCAUAGAGAGAGUACAGCAAGAUCUCCGUCAGAACGUUGCCCCUGUGUUCUGGCAGGCGGCCAAGGCUACAGCCAAUUCCGACCCCAUCCUGUGUUUAUCUGAUGCUGUGGACACUCUUCAUAGGGAACUGUCACAGUACAAGGCUUGUGUUGAAAGACUGGAGUCGAUACGCCCUCUUCUGGGGCAACAACCUUUUGGCCACCCCAGUUUGGGGAAAUCCCUGCCCCAGCAUCAAAGACAGAUGAAAAAGUUCCUAUUUAUGCUGUAUAAAGCUGUGAUAUUUCACACAAUACCCAAAUAUUUCCACACAGUCAUCAACAGUUUUUAUUCCAAAGCGUUCAAGGUGUUUCAUUUAUCCCAGGUUGAAAAUGAAGAGGAAUCUGAAGAGGAGCGAACAGAUUGUGCAGGAUGUGAUGAGCCAGUCUUAAGGUGUUGCUGUACUGAAAUAAUCAGCAAAUUCCACACAGUCAACAGUCAGCUAGGAGAAUUGGGAUUGUUGGAGAAACUGUCCGGAUCAGCCAUCACAAGCCUUGUCCAUCAGAGGAUUAAGGACCACAUCAGCGAGACCUGCCAAGGCAACUUUGAGACAUCCUACAUCGCCACUUUGGAAAAGUGGCUUGAUGACACAGUUCUGGAGUGGCUCCACACAGUUUACACAGGCAAGCACGGUAGCCAUAGUGACACAGGAGAUGACCACAUCCAGGCAUUUAAAGGGAGACUACUCCACCUUGUGUAUGACACAUAUGCUAGGAUCAGGAUUGACCUGCUGUUCAACAUCAUCAUUGAGUACCCAGAUUCUGAGCCAGCUCUGCAGGACUUAAGGACCUGUCUGGAGAAAACAGAUCUAAGAGCUCAUCUCACGUCGUCAUUACGAUCGGCUUUAGAGGUCCGGCUUCUACACCCAGGUGUGAAUACCGCAGAUAUCCUCACGGCUUACAUAUCCGCAAUUAGAGCCCUCAGAGUGCUGGACCCAGCAGGUGUCAUCCUGGAACUGGUCUGUGAGCCUGUCAGGAAGUACCUCAGGUCUCGCUCGGACACGGUGAGAUGCGUGGUGUCUAGUUUAACUGACGAAGGGAAUAAUGAGCUGUCUGAUGAGCUUGUUAAGGGUCAGCCCCUGGUACUAGAGGACACGAGUAACAGUGAUGAUGAGGGGGAGGACUGGGAGAGCUGGAUGCCUGACCCUGUGGAUGCUGACAGUGCUGACGCGUCCAAAAGUCAUCGUGCCUCUGACAUCAUUAGCAUGCUUGUGAAUAUCUAUGGUAGCAAAGAGCUGUUUGUGAACGAGUACCGCACGCUCCUGGCCGACCGCAUCCUGACGCAGUUCAACUACGAGACCGGGCGAGAAAUUCGUUACCUGGAACUCCUCAAGUUGAUGUUUGGAGACGCUCAGCUGCAUUACUGCGAGGUGAUGCUCAAGGAUGUGGCUGAUUCUCGGCGUAUCAACGGACACAUAACGGAGGAGAGGAAGAAACUCAAACAGACAGAUGAGGUUGGGGUGAAUGCAAUGAUCCUGUCGGCUCAGUUCUGGCCAUCAUUCCGUGAGGAGAAGAUAACUCUGCCCGCUGAGUUGCAGCAGGGACUGGAGGAGUACACCAAGCAGUAUGAGGCUCUGAAGGGGAAUCGUACUCUUUCCUGGAAACCUCACCUGGGAUUGUUGAGUAUAGACAUUGAGCUGAAGGACAGAACUCUCAACUUUACAGUGUCCCCUCUUCAUGCUGCUAUCAUCAUGCAGUUCCAAAACCAAGUUCGAUGGAGUGUGGAAGCUUUGAGUGGUGUUCUCCAGACUCCAGUGUCAGCAUUGCGCCGGAAAAUCACCUACUGGCAGAGCCAGGGAUUACUAAGGGAGGAAACUCCGGAUGUCUUUGUCCUGAUAGAGGAGCACAAGGGACCUCAGCAGGAAGUUAUCUUGGCAGAUGAAGAAGAGACAGAGUCUGCAAUGGCAUCUGCACAUGCUCAGCGAGAAGAACAGUUCCAGGUGUUCUGGUCAUACAUCAUCGGCAUGUUAACCUCCUUGGAGAGUUUAACCCUGGAGAGGAUUCACAGCGUUCUGAACAUGUUCGCCAUGCAGGGACCAACCACCACAGAGUUCACGCUGGCGGAACUCAAGGCCUUUCUCGACAGGAAGGUCAAGGAUCAACAGCUCAUCUCAUCCAAUGGAAUUUACAGACUCGCGAAAUAAAUGGUCACGACCUUGAAAUAAAACUUACC